AUGUCGAAAGAGGGCUGUUCGAAGUUUAGUCACGACCAAAGUUCAUUGGUUGACUUGGAAGUUGCGACCGACCAGGACGACUUGACCGUCACGCUCACCUCGCACUGCCUGUGCAAGGCGAACAACUUCACAACUCAGGUACCGAAGUCGAAGCUUCCUCUUCCGGCCCCAAUCUGCCAUUGUUGGUCCUGCAGACAUGUCACCGGUUCUCUCUACACAGCAGACGUACGCUGGCCAGAACCACGAGCAAACGUCGACGUGUCAAAGCUGAAGGUGUACUCAUUCACACCUCGUGUCAACCUGCUCUUCUGUCCAACAUGCUCGACGCCGAUGUUCUGGGAAAUGCUUGAUGAGCCUUCUUGUCCGCUUGGAGUGUUCACUGGAACGCUGACGAACGAGGGGGUGAGGCCGAUCAAGUUCAUCGAACAGAGCUUCGUUGGUGACACAAUUGAUGGAGGGGCAAGCGUGUGGCUGCAGCAUGCAAACGCAGAUGGUCCAAAAUGCACACGUUUCAGGCUCGAGGCUGAGGAUAGCGCAUCGAAAGACGCGUUACCACAAGACUGGCCUCCCGUGGAUGAGCUUACAGGGUUUGAAAAGAAGACAGGGGACUCGGUCCCCAUUCGCUGCAAGUGCAAGGGUAUCGACUUCGUUCUGCAGCGCGGUGACUACUCGGGCGUGAGUAAGGAUCACCUUCCUUGGAACAUCGAUCCGGACACGCAUAAACUCUCGACUGUCUUCUGUGGUUGCGACUCAUGCCGACUGCAGGGCGGUAUCGACAUAUGGUACUGGGCCUACUUUGACAUGAAGCAUCUAUCUGCCGCCCAGAAAGACGCGCCAUUUCCCAGGUCGAAACACGAGCUCAAGUCGUUCAUCGACAAGCAGAACCCCAUCAUUGGCAGUCUGGCCUAUUAUGCAUCCGCAACAAGGGCUGGUGUCUUGCGCUUCUUCUGCAGCACUUGCUCGGCCACCGUCUUCUUCGCCGAGGACGAGCGUCCUGAGCUGCUGGACGUCUCGGUGGGUCUUCUUGAUGCCCCAGACGGCGCUCGAGCAGAGGGCUUCUUGUCGUGGUCUUUUGGCAAGAUCGAUUUUAAGGAGGACGCAAAUGGUGGAUGGCGACUAGGGCAUUUCGACAGCGUAGAGAUGGAAGCUGAAAAGUGGAGGAUCGCACGAGGUUAUUCUAAGAAUUGGAGGAGGCUCGGAGAAGAGACUGCCUAG